AUGAGCACGCCUUGCUGCGACUCACCAGAUUCCGGCGAGUUCAAGGUACGACUGACGAGGGUCGACCACCCACGCCGCGACGAAGACGAGCUCCGUGCUACGGAAGCAAGGCCAAAUAAGCAGCUGAGAACCGGACCUUUCACGGCGGGGUGGUUCGGGCUGAAACGGAGUUACUCGGGUGCUGUUCGGGCUGAAGCGAGUCCACGGCUGAAGCGAGACAGGUUCCGUCGACAACCCGAGGCCGAGAACAAGCAAUUUUCGCCGAGACUGAGCCGUCCUUGCUCUUUUCAUAAGCCGGGAGAGCCGUGA